CCUUAUCGAAGGAGUGGAAGUAUACUCUCUUCACAAGUCAUGCCUUAUGCCCACCCAGAGGUUAUGCGCCAGAAUAAACGAUAUAAUAGUCCAGAAGUGAAGAAGCAAAAGUAUAAGUCUCUAAAGAAAACGAAAAAGGGAUUAUGCACUUCGAAUCCUGAGAAAUCAGGUGCUAAUUUCAGAAUAGAAUCAUGCCUCAUGAAUGUCCAGCAGGUCAAAGAAACCAAAGACGACAAACUUGAAGAAAAUAAGGAGGAUUCAGAAUCUACAGGCGAAGGUUAUCCUCUGUAUGGCUCUAAGAUACAAUUCAGAAGGAACAGAACACUGUCCAAGGAUUGUCUGACGAAUGCUCUUAAGCACUUAGAGUUCUCGGAAUCUGAGCUGCCAUUAAAGACGAAGAAGGCUAACUUUCAAGUCAAAGGGGAGAAGAUCAUCCAGAAUAGGUUUUACUUUGACAAAGCCCUCGGGAGAGGCGUGCAAGGAGUCGUCUUCUCAGCCUACGAUACGAAGUUACAGAAGAAAGUUGCUGUCAAAAAGUUGAUAAAUAGUAAUAAAGAAGACCUUGAGCAACACAAGAGGGAGAUCAAAGUCUUGAAACAGCUGAGGAAGCAGACAUUUGAGGGAUUUUUAGAGCUCCUUGAUGGUCAUCUAGGCAAAGUGAAUUAUAUCGUCACCGAACUCCUUGGAGAUAGCCUGGCAGCGAUUACGACCAGAUAUGGGCCAAUGAAGGGGAUCAGAAUGAAACAUGCACUGAUGAUUUCUUUGCAAGUCCUCCACCGUAUCAGGGACCUCCAUUCCAUAGGCUAUGUCCAUGGAGACAUCAAGCCUCUUAACUUGAUAUUUGGGACUGGGAGGAAGAAGAAUGCACUCAAUUUGAUAGACUUUGGACUCACACACAAAGAGUCUUCAUACGUCGCAGAAGAGUGAAGCCGGUCCCUCUAUCAAAGAGAGAAUCUCUCUCUGAGUGGAACACCUCUAUUUGCCAGCAUCAACCUUCACUUAGGUUGGGAGAAAACCUUCAAGAAGGAUGACAUUGAGAGCUGGUUUUACCUUCUAAUUUAUUUAUGAAAAGGAUAUCUUCCUUGGUCAGAUCUUCCUCUUGAUGGAAGGGACAACUAUGAGCAAGUCUUGAAAGGGAAGAUCAACAUUCAAAUUGACUACUUGUGCUCAAAUCUCCCAAAAUCUUUCAUCAAGAUUUAUGAUUACUGCUCUAAACUAGUCAAUGGAGCUCCUAUUGAUUAUAAAGUCUUGGAAAUGUAUCUGAAAGAGGCUGCUGAAGAGGAAGGGUUCAAGCUCUUGGAUCCUGAAUUUCAUCAGUUUCAUUGGAUAUUGGAAAGCAAAAGAGGCACUGAUGACAAAUCAUGCUUCCACAAUAAAUCUAAGCACUGCUUGAGCGUCAUCUCUGCUCAAAAACAUAAGGAGAAAUCCCAAAAUAUGCGAUUCAAAUGGAUAGAAGAGCUAGUUGCUUUUAAACGGAAAAAUAAAGGCCAAAACCCUUCAAAGAAGGCAAAGAAAGGGCUUAAGGGUAAAAUGAAACUCAAGAACUCUAGAGGCUACUCUAGUGAAAGUCUUAAGCUAAGCAACCUCAAGAACCAAAUCAAAGUAAAAGCUCAGAAUUUUGUAAAAUCAAAUGAUGAAGAAAGAAAGUCUUUAAAUCAGGAUAGUGCUCGUAGGGCAAAAUCCAGAAGAAAGCCCUCGAUGCUUCAGAAGGCAUCUGAGCAGGAAAGGAGAAUGAAGUAUAAUCAAGACUCUGGAAACAACAUGAACCGUUCAGCAGGAUUCGUGCUCAGGAAAUGCCAUUCACCUGUCAUUUCCGAGCCUGAUAUCAUCCUCAAAAUUUCUGAAGUAGAAGGAGUUUAUUCACCGAAGAUCGACCAUCUGUUCCCUCAAUCUCCGGAGGAGGACCUACUUGAGUUCCCUGUGGGCUACAGACGUGAGAUUCCUAAAUUUUUUAAGCCGAAUAAUUCAGACUUGAAGAAGUUGUAGGCAUCUCGAGGCCAAGUACUGGAGGUCAUGACUCCUACUAGUAGAAUUACUGAUUCCUUUGUAUAACUUUUAUUACUGA